AUGAAGCGGGAACUCCAGUGCAGCCAGCCAAAGCAACCAGCCAAGCCAGGGAACCACCUUCGUGCCCGGGCCUCCGCUGUCCCCGUCGACCAACGCUCCCUUUCCCUUGCAGACGGCGAGAGCAGAAGUUCCGACAACCGCGCCAGCAGCCGGGCCUCGGACCGCGAGAGCCGGACGUCGGAUCGGGAGAGCCGAGCGUCGGACCGGGAGAGCCGGACGUCGGACCGGGAGAGCCGGACGUCGGACCGGGAGAGCCGCAUCUCGGACCGGGACGGAAGGACGUCGGUGGCCAGUCGGGUGUCGGAAGCCGCGUCGGACCGCUCCAUCUACGACGUGCCGCCCCCGCCCAAGACCGUGGGCGGGGGCGGCGGCGGCGGGGAGCGGGCCUCCUUCUCGUACCGCAGCCAGACGUCCGACCCCGGCGACGACGACGGCGUGUACGAGGUCCCGCCGCCGCCCCGCUCCUGCCGCACCUCCAGCGCCUCCCUCAGGGCGUCGCGGGACUCGCGCCACCUGCGGCCCUCGGGAGCGGCCUCCAUGGACGAGCUGCAGCCCCCGCCCCCCGUGACCAGCCCCGGCGGCGGAAACACGUCCUCGUCCUCGUCCACCGUGACCCGCCGGAGCACCCACGCCGGCGCCACCGACUCCUCCGGCAGUAAGGUAGUAGAACCGGUGCCGCCGCCGAAGCCCCCGAGGAGGUCGAUGUGCCCGCCCUCGCCCACGCCCGACGGAGAGCAGGACGCCCCCGCCUACGAGACCAUCUACUUCAAGAGCCAAGAACAGUCCGACUACGAGAACGUGGACGUGCAGCACCACUCCCGCGCCCGCCCGCCCUCCACCUACGCCCACACGCCCGCCCGCGACAGCUCCGACUCCGAGUACGACACGCCCAGACCCACGCAGGCGCAGCAGCAGCAGCAACAGCAUUCUCACGCCCACUCCAACAGGGUGUACGGCACGAUCUCGUUCAAGCCCGUCAAGAGCCGCCGGACGUCCAAGUCACGUGACCCGCACGUGUACGAGAACACGGUGCACCGCUACGAGAACCUGAAGGAGCGCUACGAGACGUUGCGCGAGCGGGGCGAGCGGCGGCACGGCGACGGCCACGCGCGGGACCACCACUACCACACCAUCUACCGCCACCACCACGACAACGCCUCCUGGGCCGACCGCGACCACCACCGCCACCGCAACGACAACCUGCGCGACCGCAACGAGAAUCUGCGCGACCGCAACGCCCAGACGCUGCCCCGGCGGCCGCGCGCGUCCUCGGCCUACGCCAAGAUCGGCGGCGGCGGCGGCGGCGGGGGGAGGGGGUGCGGCAGCGGCGACGGCGGCGGCGGCGGAGGCAGGCGGAUGGUGGACUCGUCCGACGACUCCGACGGCGACCAGAGGCCCAAGUCGCUGGACUUCUGGGACAACAAGCCACAGAUCACGCCCACGCCGCUGAGCCCCACCCACUACCAGCAGCCACCCACGCCCGACCAUCCGCCGCCCUCGGCUCGCCAGGCGCAGAUCUCCAUCUUCGCCAAGAUUCAGUCUGUCUCGCGCCCGCCCAGCACGCAGUCCGACGCGUUUGAAACAUGUCCGUCGAGCAGGCAGUUCAUGGGCGCCAGAACUCUUGGUCUCGGCCGGGCACCUUUACCCGCUUUUUAUUACCGGGAGGAACCGGGCUUAUUGCAGGCUGGCUUCCUUAGGGGUUAUUAG